CAGGCUUCAGGCUUACUGUUUGAACAGACAAGCUUAUAUGUGAUCAUCAAAGAGUAGGAAUAUCUGGUUCAUUGUAAUUUCCUACCUCGGAAUGACCAUAUGCUAUGCCUAGAACAGCUGCUGGUACCACUGCCAUGGACUCACUGGUGAAUAUGUAUCGAGACUUCAUGAAUGGAGCAGACCCCCGGAUUGCCACAUAUCCACUGAUGGGCACACCAUGGCUCAUGACGGGUAUCUUGCUGAGCUAUGCCUACUUUGUAUUGUCACUGGGGCCAAGAAUCAUGGCCAACCGGAAGCCUCUGAACCUCAAGACAUUCAUGCUUGUCUAUAACUUCUCCAUGGUAGCACUGUCUAUCUACAUAGUCUAUGAGUUCCUUAUGGCAGGCUGGUUGACUGGUUACUCUUGGAGGUGUGACCCUGUGGACACUUCCCAGAAUCCCAAGGCCCUUCGAAUGGUUCGCGUGGCCUGGAUCUUUGUCUUUUCUAAGUUCAUUGAACUGAUAGAUACGGUGAUAUUUAUCCUAAGAAAGAAGAAUGAGCAAGUGACCUUCUUGCAUGUAUUUCACCACUCAGUGCUGCCCUGGAGCUGGUGGUGGGGUGCCAGCUUUGGACCAGGAGGAAUGGGUUCAUUCCAUGCUAUGGUGAACUCUGUAGUACAUGUGGUAAUGUACUUCUACUAUGGACUCUCAGCUGCAGGACCUGCCUUCCAAAAGUACCUGUGGUGGAAAAAGCAUAUCACUGCCAUUCAGUUGCUGCAGUUUGUGCUCGUCUCUGUGCACAUCUCCCAGUACUACUUCAUGCCCACCUGUGGCUACCAGUUCCCAAUCUUCAUCCACCUCAUUUGGAUUUAUGGCGUCAUCUUCUUCAUCCUCUUCUCCAACUUCUGGUACCAGUCGUACACCAAAGGCAAGCGUCUACCCAAGGUCAUGGGACAGUCCCAGCACAACGGCUUCCAUGAGAAUGGUGCCAUUGCUAAUGGCAAAGCUAAAACCAACUAAAGCCAAUUAAAGAGGGUAGGACCAAGGUGACUCAGACCAACUGGCCCCAUGUCUGGGCCUGCUAGCCAGAUCAAGUGCCUACAGACUGUUGUUUUUGCAGUUCCAAGCCACCUUCCCAACUGCCCUGUAUCCUUCGUUGCCUGACCUUCAGCUGUCCCAAGGAAGAGAGGCUGUCGGUGCUGGAUCCAGCCCAAGGCAUCCAAAGUGCCUGUGCCUGCCCUGGGUUAGGCUGCCUCCAGAGCUGGACCAAAACAGAGCCCUGUCCCUUUCUGUAACUGCCAGUUAGGGCACACCUUUCCAUUUAGUUCUAUGUAUUCCUUGUGGCUAGGUUGGAAUUUGUUCCUUUAACCUCCCUGCUUUUGUGUCGAACCCCAUUCAUUCUACUGUUUUUCACAUUGGUGCCCUGCCAUUCAUACUUGAAUGUGAAUGGCCCCUGUGGCUCUGGGUUUGACUCCCCAGAGAUAUCUAUUCCUGCUCUGAAUGCAGGUGGGGUGCUACAGGCCAGGGGUUUCAUUCCUGCUGCCUUGGCUGGCCUCAGUGUUCAUCCCUCCACAUAACAUCUCCAGCUUUUGGUUGCUCUGAUCCCUGGACUUUAGCAAUAAUGCUCUCAAUGGGUUGAUGACCACAGGCUCCUGCUGCACUGAAGCCCAAGGAAAAGAAAUAGGACUCUGUUGUCCUGCUUGCAUGCUGUUGCUGUGUGCCUUUUUGUUGUUUUAAUUGGAUCUGCUCCAGAGGAGCAGAGGCUCUCUAUGUUCUAAGCCUUGGGGAGUACUCAUCCGGGGGGGGGAGGUGCCUCCCUCCUAUCUGAGCUGCUCACUUGUAUUCACAGAAAUAAAUGGACAGAAAGAGAAUAGUGGUUCUUGUUCUUGAUUUCAAGGGCAUAUGCCUGGGUGAGAAGCAGAGUAAGCCUUCCCAUGGGGCACUGUUGAGCAGAUGGUAUUAAUUUAGGAUUCCAAUUACUUGUAUUGCCCUUGGUUUAAGGAGGAGGUAGGAGCAGCUGCAAACUUGGAUCACCCCCCCCCCCCCGAACCCUUGUAAUUGUGUUCUGCAGCAAGACUAUUCCUGUUUGACCUAGGCUGUCAUGUUGGCGCACACUUUUACACUUACGUCUUUGGUCAUGUUCUCUUGCCUGCAGCCGUAUUCACAGGUUCUGUGUUGCACUUCUGAGCUCCUGCCUUUCCUCCCCAACAAUCCAGGAAAGAGAGUGUUCUCUUUUCACUCCUUAUAUGGAAACAUUUUCUAGCCAGCUGCUUCCUGUCUUGCACUGGCUCUUGUUCUUGCCCAGGCUCCAAUGGCUGUCAAUAUCCUGCUAGGCCCAGGAAAGCCCUCUUUUGGCAGGCUGUUUGCCUGUGGCUGAUGUGGGCAUAAUUAAUGGGGCUACCACAGCUAUAAAAAAAAGGAAAGCAAUGUGUAUGGGACAUAAUUUUAUCACAGGCCUGUUUUAACAGUGUUAGUAUAUAGCAAAUUCUAAAGCUGUACUACCAGCACAGACAAACUGAAGUGGUAUGUCCUGUACUAAAUAUGAUUGCCAGUAUAUCCUGCUGUGUGUGAUUAUUUGAUGCACUGUAGAAUUCUACAGUGUACAUCUCUAGUUUUAUACUGGGGUACAUCUUAUUGAAGUGACCUGAAGGUUACUUAGUCUAUCCUUAGCAGGGAGGUAGAAAGGGAUGCAAUUUAUAAUCUGGAUUAUGUGCCAUAAACAAAGAGCCAUAUUAUAUAUAUAUAAUAGAUAUAUUCAUUUUGUCAUUCCUACCCUGUUAAGAGGAGCUUUUCUCAGACUUUAUUUGGGAUACUCUCAUGUUGUUUAAUUGGAUUAUCUUGCUGUAUAUUCGCCCUCCCCCCCAUUGUUUCUGGGAAACAUUAAACUAAUUCUUAUGGUAGCCGCACACCAAUUUACACAGUUGUUUUAUCCGAAUCUUUGAUGUAAGAUAUUUUUGGGUACAAUUUAUAAAGUAUAAAAGAUGCUUGGUUUUUCUGUA